CAUAGUGCCAUUGAAGUGAGUCAUCUCUAGGAAGUGUGGUAAAAAGGAAAAGAAAAAAAGUUAGAACUGUUCCGUGAACAGCAGAGAGCUCAGAUAGAGUGUGUAGUAGGCACGGCGACGGAAAAUCUUCAGAAGACCAGGCAGGCAUUAGGCUUUAAAGCGAAUGUUAACCUGCGUGAGUCACUCUCUAACUACAGGUUCACUGUCUGGAUUUGACUGCUGAAGGUGUGCUGCUGACUUUAGAUUGAAGUUUGCGCACCUGAGAGGAUCUCUAAUAGUGCAGCGAUAGUUCCUGCGGCGCAAGAAUAAUAAAGGCACAAUAAGAAAUAGCCUUUACAAGCAGGGCUGGCACACAAGAGAACAUUAGGCUAAUAUCUGGGAGAUGCUUUAGGUUAGUUUAGAGGAGCAUAAUUGCACUUUGUCUUUGCCAACUCUUCUCUGGAUAUCCCAAAUUAACAACGUCUCGAAACAGAGGAUUUUCCUGUUGGUGCCUUUUCACUGCGAGGAUUUAAAAAAAAAAAAAGGGGGGUUCAGAGCUCAAACAGUCUACUGAUAUCCUCCUCUUUCCUGGAUCAUGUACCAGGACUACUCCGGGAACUACGACACCUCGUCCCGCGGCAGCAGCACCUCUCCGGCCCAGCCAGAGUCCUUCACUAGCGGCAGCAGCACGAUCGGAAGUCCGAUCUCUACCUCAAGCUACCAGAAGUACAGGGUCGAUAUGCCCGGCUCCAACAGUGCCUUCAUACCUACCAUCAAUGCAAUCACGACCAGCCAAGACCUGCAGUGGAUGGUACAGCCCACCGUCAUCACCUCCAUGUCCAACCCUUACUCCCGCUCCCACCCGUACGGCCAUCACCUGACCAAUGGGCCGGGGCUCUUGGGGCACAACUCGCUGGCUCGGCCUGGGGUCAUCCGCUCCAUCGGGGACGCCAGGGGCCGACGCAAGAGGGAUGAACAGCUCACUCCGGAGGAAGAGGAGAAAAGGAGGGUGAGGCGUGAGAGGAAUAAGUUAGCCGCCGCCAAAUGCCGCAACCGCAGGCGAGAGCUCACCGAGAUGCUACAAGGGGAGACUGAGAAGCUGGAGGAGGAGAAAGCUGACCUGCAGAAGGAGAUCGAGACUCUUCAGAAGGAGAAAGACAAGCUGGAGUUCAUGCUGGUCGCCCACAAUCCCGUGUGCAAGCUCCCCAUCGAUGAGCGCCACCAGUCAUCAGGGCACCAGCAGCACCAGCAGCAGUGCGCCCCCCUUCCCCUGACCAUGCGCUCCAACAUGGGAACCCGGGCUCAAAUGAACCAGGUGGUAGUGAAGCAAGAGCCGGAUGACGACGACGUGAUGGGCAAGCCCCAGCGCUCCGUCAUCAAGCCCAUCUGCCUCGGUGGCGGGAUGUACUGCACAGAUGGAGACAGCCUGAACACACCAGUGGUGGCAGCGUCCACCCCAGCCGCCACACCCAACGCCCCAAGCCUCAUAUUCACCUACCCGAACAUGCUGGAGCCCGACAGCCCCUCACCCUCCUCCGAGUCCUGCUCCAAGGCCCACCGGCGCAGCAGCAGCAGUGGCGACCAAUCCUCAGACUCCCUCAACUCGCCCACCCUCCUGGCCCUCUGAGCGAGGGCUGGGCUCGGUGCAGCUGAGAAACAAACACUGUGGCUGAAGGCAAGCAUGAGGAUCAACUGCCCCCCCCCCCGUGUCUUUUAAAGACCCAAGAGCACAUUCAACAGUCCAGUCCAAGCUGACCAUGUGAGCCGUUUCCCUGUUCACGGGGAGACCCACAAGGGCUACGCCAUGUGUUUCCUCUUGUUCUGCUUCAGUGUAAAACAUUUUUUACUUGUAAAAGUGUGUGCACCAAUCCUACAAAGUGUCAUCCCUUCGCCAUUUCAACUCCAGAGUGUCAACUUGUUUACUGAGCAGACAAUUGUGAAGAAAAACAUGCCUAAAUCUGGCAAUUGUGAGUUGAUGUGACUAAACUAGAGAGCGCGUUCUUAAUAUAUUUUUUUGAAAAUGUUUAAAAAGCCAUGUGGCCGACACUUGCACUCCGCCAAGACGAAUCAAUAAAUCACUAAACGAGGUCAGCAUUCUACUGGAAUAUCUGAGGAGAGAAAGAGACAAUGAGCAAAGACUUCCUCUCGUCGUUUUUUCCAUUUAGAUUUGUCCUUUCGUAUCUUGGACCUUGAUUCAGGAAUCGCUACUUAGAGUGUGUACACAUUUCUAACGCUAUCUCCAUCUCUUUAAUUGUAUUUAUGGCCUGUGCUGAUUAAAUUUUACAAAGUGUUUUGUUGAGACAUUGUCCUCUCCUUAAUCUGCCUGUAGAAAAGCAAAAUGGUCACCCACUGGGCGACCAAAGCACUCCUCAGUGUUGCAAAGGAUACGAGCCAACUUUCAAUCAAUUUCCUCAAUACUCUAUACCUUCUAUUUUGCCAUAGUGGCUUGACUUUACAGUAGUAUUGGUGUGCUUUUCCUCAGUGAUUCUGUACCUGAACUUUACAACAUGUUUAUGACAAAGUGUAUGUGAUUUACAUUGAUGUCAGGGAUAUCUCUCAUGUGUAGUAGAACCCCAUCGUGAAGAACGUUGCAGGACCGCAGGCUGUCGUAUGGUCUAGCCAGAGUGUUACAGAGGUGGUACUAUAAUGUAGAGGGACGAUGAACGUCUUCGCUUCAUUGUGUCAACGUCAGAGCGCUUUGUCUUUUCGCUCAGACAAUCUCAAAGAUGACAUCAAAGUUUGACAAAACCCCUCCUCCACUGGAUUCCGUGCGUCUCUCUUUGUUUCCUACAUUCUCUAAAUAAAGGUCUAACCUUUUUCAACACUGCCUCUCAGGGCAGGUCAGGUUUCAAAAAGCCAAAAAGGUUUGUAUGACACAUGUAAUCCUGUAAUUCGCCCAUCUUUGUCUAAAAGGAGGGAUUUUUGCUCAAAUUUGAAAAAGCCACUGUGGUCUAGACUGUCGCCAGCUGCCAAUGAUGUCAACCCUGUUUAUACUGUGUUUGUAAAUCUGUCACUUUUAGUAAAGAAAUGAUGUUUAAAUUGAACUCAGAUGUGCUGAUUUAUGGGUGUAUGAACAUAUGCCAAUGCCGAGGUACUCAGUGGGAACAUAGUGGAAGCCUUGUUGGCUUUAAACAAGGGCCAGACACUGUUCACUCUUUGAUAAUAAGGAAGGGACAAGAAGACUCUCUCUACAGCUGGCCUGAGAUGAAAGAGGGGACACCUUGAGAAGAUGUAAUAUUUCUGAAGUUCUAUGAAGCACUUCUUUUUCAUUAUUUUUAUGUGUGUAUCUUAAAGGGAUGAGGGGUUUUCAAUACUGUGCACUGAGAAGGACACAACGGCGAUAUUUUUUGAAUACUUCAAACAUUCCUAAUGAGAAUAAUGUCAGGGGUCUAAGGGGGGCGGGGGGUGUCAACUUUGCUCAAACCCUUUUGUUAUCGGAGGAAUAAGAGUUGUGGUUGGAAGACUUUUGUUGCGCUGGAUGCAGAAAAAUGGACUUUGCAAUUUAAUACAAGCUGCUGCUACUUUGGAAAGAACAUGUUGGCUGUUUAUCGUGAUGAUGUUGGGUUUAACAUCAUGUGGAUGCGACGGGAAAUAUUUGAAUCCUGUAUGACAACUUAAAGGGGUGAAAUGAUAACCAAAAACAUUAUUGUGGGCGAGUCUGAUGUGUCUGUAUGUUGAAAUAUUCUGGAGCCCCUCGACACACAUAGGAAAGCCAUUGACUGUAGAUCUUCUGUACAUGUCAUCUACUGUCUGUCGCCUGUUUUCAACUACUAUUCCUUCUUUUCCAAAUGCUUUAACUGUUUAAAAUGAUUCAAAAUUAAUAAAAAAAACAGCAAUAUGUAUAGCAGUGUUUGUUAAUUUAAAUGAAUAAUAAUAAAAACAAUCAUUUUCAACCUGAAA